AUGGCUCGCCCAGAUGGAGUAAUGACCGGAACAAUUGACGAGAUGGCAGAAGUACUCAUAGGGUCUUUCUUCCCAAGAGAGGGGCGAAAAAGAGACUUCACAAAGAGUGGGCCUUUAGAAGACUACGGUGGCACGGUCGACGCUGAAAGAGUCAAAGCGGCGAUCUGGAGAAUUAGCCCUGGAAAAGCACCCGGAGCCGAUGGCGUCACGGUCGGGCUGUUAAGGAAGGCAUGGCUGAUCCUUGGCGAGGAGAUAGUACGCCUCUUCAGGAUGUGUAUCACUGAAGCCACCUUCCCGCAGUCGUGGAAGUGUGCCAACCUAGUCGUGCUGCUAAAGCAGGGGGAAAAGGACACCACGAGCCCUAAGUCGUAUUGA